CCAACCUUCUGAUCGGCAAGUCCUAGGCUCAGUGGUUUAACCCACAGCAGUGAAUUAAACAUCUUUAAAAAGGGACUAACUUGCACAGAUGUUCCAAACAAAGCCAUGCAUGCUGUGUCAGAAGGGCACUUAAGGCUGCUUCCUGGAUCUGCCUUUUGGGGUUUUGUUUCUUUAAGUGUUUUCAUUUUCAAUUAACCAAAGCCUCAGGACAAACACAUAGAUCAACAUGAAGUCAAUGCAACAGCAUAGUCACAUUUGUAACCAAAGAGUGUCUUUCUGGAAGUAUCCCUUUGUUGCUGGUGGGAAAAAUCCAUGCUCCUUCAUGACUGCAUAAUUAUUAAGACUGCCCCAAAUGAUACUAAAAUCAUCUGUCAUUACUUUGACACGCCUGGACUUGGUGAGUUUCUCCAUUAUUCCAGACUUGCUGAUGCCAGUCAGUUAUUAAAUGAGCAUGCAAAAUUCUGCAGUUCCUGGAUCAAAAAACCCAAUGGGACUUUUUAAACCUUCUUUUUCCCCAAUACAUUAAAACUGCCUGGGAGAAAAAGUCCCCCAACAAAAACAGCAAAAAUAUACUUCUUGGGUUGGUUGGUUUGUUGUUGUUGAUUUUUGUCUCAGGUGCUUUUUGUGUACAGAAAUGCUCACUUAAAUGGUAAGUGGCUGGAAUUUGGGGACAGAAAGGCUGCAUUAUACAUCUAUUUCUUCUCUAAAUUCUACAGUAAAAAGCACAACUGGGCUAAGGUCCUGAACACACACACACACACACGGAAAAGCAUAACUUGACAACAAUAUAUAUGGGCGUGAAUUCAGCCAGCCUCCAUUCUGGUUGAGGUCACACAGGGAGAACUGAAGUGUUCAACACUUACUGUCCGAAGUGACAACAUUAUGGGGCUGGAGGAGAUAGGGAUAACUAGAUUAGGAUUUUUUUAUAUAUUAAAAAAAUGGGAAAUGCAUGUGACUGUUAAGAUUCCUCUAAAACUACCUUCUGGAGAAUAUUAGCUUUAAAAAUUGUCCUUUGGACACUGCUAGUUCUUGGCUGGAGAUGGACAAAUGGUUAUUUGAAAUAGCUGUUGGGCAAAACAGUGCUUUCCAGUCUACAUUUCUUUCCUACAUUUUUAUCCUACGUGCCUUUCAGGGCAGUGUAGCUUCAUGGCUGAGGGUUUUUCUGGAUGAGUUGCUUCUAAUGUCUUUCCGGCUCUUUGAGUAUGUCCCAGUUGCUGCAUCCGGCAAAAUACCAGGCAAGGGUGAUGGUUGGGAGGAGAAUCACCAUGCCGGUCAAUCAACAGCAGAGCCUCUCCUGUUACAGAGCCAGGAUCCACUGCAAGAGGUCACGGUUGGCAAAACCCAGCUACAGCAGCUCUCCCUGGGCAGUGCUGCCAAACAGGAGCGUGAUAUGGCUCCUUGCCGCAGGCACCUGGCAGCCAUCUUGCAGGAGUUGAAGGCCCCGCUCUACCAGAAUGGUCAAGACAUCUUCAUUCCCAACUGUGACACCAAAGGGUUCUACAGGCGUAAGCAGUGUCAGGCAUCCAAGGGACAGAAGAGAGGCCAGUGCUGGUGUGUGGAUAAGAGAGGCCGCCGGUUGGAGGGCAUGGAAGAAAAACCCCUUUGCCUGCUUCCCAAUGGCGACUGAGCGGUUGGGAGUAGAGUGCUCCAGCAGCAGAGAUGCUUGUCCAGGAAGAAUCGCUCUACUAGAACUGUUGCAAAUAUUUGCUUUUAACUUAUUGUGCUGUUGCUGCCUUGCUGGGACCUUGCAUUCCCUGGAAUAACCUUGGAGCAGCUGUUGCAUCUGAUAAUUUACAGAAGGGUGGAGGAGCCUGGACUGGCUGCAUCACAACACGGGCCAAGAGGAGGCUUCUGACUACAUGACUAAAGAUGUUUUCUUGGAUAAGCUAUCAGUGGUUGCACUGCAAAGAUAAGCUGGCACCUAAGCCAGCUUUACAUUUAGUAGAUGUUGCGUGCAUCCUAUGUUCUAAGCCGGUAGGGAGACAGGAGUAGCCAGAUACUGGGUGUGGGGAGGAGAACCAGGGCUGAUCUAAAGCUUUUUACCAAGCUAGAAGUAAUAGGAGAAAUGGGAAAGGAGACAACUUUGUAAAAAGAGAUGACCAUAGAGAGCCCCCAAGGGCACUAUGAAAUGGGAAAGGAUGAGAACAGCAACCUCACACCAUUACCAACACCUAGAAUUAUAAUGAGAUAGUGUGGAAGGGAUAAAUGGUACGGGGCACUGGGACACUCGUGGUUGUUCUUUCCCCACUAACACCUGCUUGGUCCUUAGCCUGCCCUCUGUAUCAUGCUGCCUUACAGCUUCCUCUCAAGUGGAGAGAGCUACAUGGUUGCCUGGGUUUUCCCUAUUCUCUGCCAUGUGCUUCAAUUGGGCAGGGGGUUGGAUUCUGUAUGUUUCACUGGCACUGGAUUCAAUAAAUCUGAGGACUAUAUAACAUG